GCGACGGUACAUCGGCGAAGACGUCCUCUAACCCCGCUGGAAGGGCGAGAUCGAGCCCAGGAGGGACGGCGGGAUCUGGUGACAUGCGGCAGACGAGGCCUGACUACAGGUGGGCCGGGGAGACCCGCACUAAUGUCCACUCGCUUCGUAUUUUCUUACAAUGAUUCGCCUCCGUCCCGUCCCGAGCCGCGCCUUACGCACGGGGGACAUAAGGAGCAGAGUCGCGUGGCCGGGAGGCAGGUGGUCGGGCUGAAUAUGGAGAUGGGGUGGGCAUGCGGGUAUCUCGUCCCUUCAGGUAGAUAAUGGCAGGUGAGCAGUUCCCCCCUGGUCUACCUGCUUCCCCACCCCUUCCUCCUCCUCCUCCUCCUUCUCCUCCUCCUCCUCUCUUGGCGUCACUCAAGCAUAAGACUCCUGGGGCUGGCAGUCGCAUUCCCUCAGGCUACCCAGACGCCACCCUCUGUCCUUGCUCCUCGUCUUCUGACUCUUUUCUUGCUGCUGGUGCUUCCUGAGGGUGUUGUGGUGCUUCUUUGGUGCUGUGUUGAGGACGGCGUGCUGGUGUGCGGCUCUGACAGUGCCGACGUGGACUGGAGGAAAACAAACGACGAUAAGUGUGGAGGGACAACGUGCGAGACCUUCAAGGUUAAGGACAAAGCAACGAGGUGAUCAGUGUGUGAAGAUAAACUGUGAUUCCUGCCCGGACAAUGCUUGGCUCCGCGUCCUGCUGAGCGAGUGGUGAUGCUGUGACUCGAGCACCGCCAACAGUACCAGCACAGCCGCCCCAGCCGAGCCGUAAUCUGUGUUCCCUUGGCGCUAUCAGCUGGCAGUUCGUAGCAUCAUGGCCAUGUCCCCACUGAACGUCGGCAGCCCCUCGGAGGCCCUCAAACGCAAGUCUCCUGAUGACACUGAAGGAGUCGUGCUCUCCCUACGCAAAAACCACGUGACGACGCCUCUCUCCCUCACCACCACCACGACCAACAACACACAGGUCUUCUCCGUCAUCGAUGGCCAGAUAAUGCAGGACGACGUGUGCGACGACGUCGUUGACGAUGUUGUGGACGACGUGGCUGACGACGGAGAUGACGAGGAACGUGUGGGCGGGCACCCGUCGAGCCUGGGACCAAUCACCAGCAUCGGGGGCGUGGGUGGCUCCGCCUCCUUCGCUUCCACGCCCAGGAUACACACGCCCACCACCGACUUCCAGCCGCCCUAUUUCCCCCCUCCCUACCUGGGCACAGAGAACCAGAUGACGACACAUCACCCGGCGGCCGACCCCUACCAGCUACACUCCCUCCCUGCCAACUACACCACCUACACCUCCGCGACGCUGCAGAACCGACACGAGGUACCUAGGAGGGAAGAUCCGCUUCACGUCGUAAGUAGUGAGAGCGGCCAAGUGGGGCUGUACGAUAGGAGCUACGCCGGUGUGGACAGGGCCGGAGCGGUGCUGAUGGGGGCCGCCCGACACGAAGACAUCAUCCUCAGCAAUACCAUCCACCCACACGCCAUAGAGGAGCCGGUACAGGCCAAACGGGCGAUUGCUAGUCAACAGUUUGCAGAGCGCGGCCUGUUUCUGGAAGGCGUGCUAGAAUCCGACACCAGCUUCACCGGAGAUAUCUUCAAACACGAUGGCUUUGGCGUUCCCUUCGUUCCCGCCUCGCCUCCUCCGUUCCCUCUGCCUCGGUUGGCGUCCAGUGUUGCAGGAAAACUUGGAGACAACUUGAGAGAGAACCUUUUAGGACACAUGCCGCCCUCAGACCCCUUCUGCUCCGUGCCCGGCCGCCUCUCGCUCCUCUCCUCUAACGCCAAAUACAAAGUGACGGUAGCGGAGGUGCAGCGGCGUCUCUGCCCACCCGAAUGCCUCAACGCUUCCAUCCUGGGCGGCGUCCUUCGUAGAGCCAAGAGUAAGAACGGCGGGCGCAUCCUACGGGACAAACUCGAAAAGAUCGGACUCAACCUACCAGCAGGCCGGAGAAAGGCAGCCAACGUCACCCUCCUCACGUCCCUCGUCGAAGGCGAAGCUAUCCAUCUGGCGAGGGACUUCGGGUACGUGUGCGAGACUGAGUUCCCCGCCCGUCAGAUCGCCGAGUACCUCUGCCGCCAGCACUCCGACCCCGCCGAGCAGUACAGACGCAAGGACCUCAUUCUCGCCACCAAACAAAUCACCAAAGAGUUGAUGGACCUACUGAACCAGGACCGAUCGCCUCUCUGCAACACGCGGCCGCAAAUUAUCCUGGAGCCCUCCAUCCAGCGGCACCUCACCCACUUCUCCCUCAUCACCCACGGCUUCGGCUCACCCGCCAUCGUCGCCGCCCUCACAGCCAUCCAGAACUUCUUGACGGAGUCGCUGAAGCACCUCGAGAAGUCGUUUCCUUCCUCGAAUUCCCACCUCACCGUCACGCCCUCCAUAGACCUCAAGAACAACAAGGAUAUGGAGAAGAAAUAACGGCGUGGCUCAGCGCCUCUCCUUCCCCCGCCCCCGCCUCCCGCCCCUCGCCGGCCAGACCCCCUGAGUCGCCACGAGGAAGCGCCGUGCCCCCACGCCCCUGGGGACCACGCCCGUGCGCUCCUCAGCAAUGCCUCACUUCAGUGUCCGAGACCCAUAUCAUGCGGGGCCCCCUGGCAGGCGGCGGCUCCGGGCCUCGCCGGCAGCCCGGCCUGACGCACCCCUUCUGUACAUAGCGCCUUUUAUGUACUCCCUAAGGUUACUGCAUGGCCGCCGCGCCGUGCCCUGAUGGCAGACCAGUGCAAUAGCGCACAAGAAUUAGCGCAUAAUACUCGGCUUUGUGGGAACGAAACGAAAGAGACUAUGGAAGUGAUUUCUGGGAAAUUUAUUUAAAUAUCCUCACCUCUUCUAAGAGGCUUAAUGAAUCUCACAAUCAGUAGAACAUGUUAAGUGUAGUUUACUAAGAUUUGUACAAAUGCCAUAUUGCCAUAUUUUGAUCUUUAAGGAUAUAAAACCUCCUUAUUCACAGCUUAGUUUCAAUCGCGGAGACACGUCUAGUAAGGAUAGAUUUGGAUACAAAGCGAGACAGUGUUUACCUUCUCAUGUGCCACUCAUAGUAACCACGAGAAAAAUAAAUUAUAUUGUGAUGACCUACCAUUUAACAGUAUUGUCUACGGAAUACGUUGUUUUGUAUCUAGCGAGUAGCCAAACUUUGUACGUUAGUAGUGUCAUGGUGGAGGACCCGCGCCGGUCGCCACGAACCAUACAUAUCUGCCAAAACCAUGUACCAAGUGCAAUCUCUUGGCGAUGUGAUGUAUCAAUUAGACAACUCGGCGGGCGCCCGGUCAGCCUGGCAGGUGACAGAGAGGUGUGCCAGCCUCCACAGUUGUAAGAAUUGGUUGCCAGAAGCUGACCGGGGCGACCCUCCCUCUGUACAGUGUAGAAAGGACCUACAAACUUUAUCUCUCUCUGGAUGGGAUUCUCUCACCUAACCUCCUGGCUGGGAGUAGCGUAGCGUUAAUCUUACCUAGGUGAUAGGAGCCAACCCUCUCACUGACGCCCGAUGCGAGGCGUUCACCAGGCAUGACAGAAAAUAUAUUGCAUACGAUUGUCUUCUCACUUGCAAUUUGAACAUAUCUUACUGUUAAUAAAUCAUCUCUCUCUCUCUCUCUCUCUCUCUCUCUCUCUCUCUCUCUCUCUCUCUCUCUCUCUCUCUCUCUCUCUCUCUCUCGAUAUAAAACCAACUUUUCCAUCUACUUUUUCGCCCUCCUCCUCCUCCUCCUCGGUUGUUACCUUUUGUUGUCUUCGUUAUCGUGAUCCUCGUAGUAUGAGAUCUCUCUAAAGUGAUCUGUACCUUCCCACAAGUACAAUCAAGGGCGUGAUACUCUAACUCGCCUCUAUUUAUAAGCGGCUUCCGUAUAUAUUUUGUGUCCCCGCUUCGUUCUCUAUACACUUCUCCAUCAUAUCAUUGCUUAGUAUCAGUAUUUUUAUCUCGCUAGUCUUGCACUCCGUAGUUUUCCUGAUAUGUGUGUGGAAAGUCUCUCUCUCUCUCUCUCUCUCUCUCUCUCUCUCUCUCUCUCUCUCUCUCUCUCUCAAGGGUAAAGGUUUGCAACAAGUCCUUAAUCAAAACAUGUUGCAGGAAAGUCCUUCUCCCCUUGCUCCUAAAAUACUCCUUCGGGGACCCUCCUCCUCCUCUUCCUUACAACUCCCUUCCUUCCUUUUCCUCGCCUCUCCUCCCUUCCUCACGUCCCGGGGGCAUCUUGGGCCCCCAUAUGAUCCCAUAGUGAUCCAUUCUCAAGACUAUUUUUCUAUCAUUAUUAUUUUAUUAUUACCGUGCACAUGUGAGCAAUGUGAUGUAAGUACUUAGUUGGUCUGACGUACGACUCUCAUGUGCUGCCAACGGUGUGUACAGGUGUGUGCAGGUGUGUAAGGGUGUGUAGGUGUGGCGUGCGCAGCGGCUCUCAGCCUCGGGUACUUAUUAUUUUCUUUCCCGGGUCUUUUUGAAGUUAGAGGGUAAGGGGUGGCGUCCCCCUUCCUUAGACUCCCUGCCGGUGCGCGCCCCCUGCCUCGCCCCCUUUCACCCUGUUGUAAGUAAGGGACCCCCGUGGAGGAUUAGGGUCCUCCCGACUUGUUGAUUUUUUAUUACUAUUAUCAUUAUCAAUUUUUUUGUCCAUUUUUUGUUACCCUGUGCUUGGAAUACUCCGAUUCUCAGUAAAGACAGCAAGGGCUCUGGGUAGGACGUAGCGAUAUACCCAACCUGCCGACCCUCCCUCACCUCAUGCUCCCUUCCUCACUUCAUAUUCCCUCCCUCAUUUCACAGUAUAUUCCUCCUACUCAUUUUUUCUUUCUCUCCACCUUCAUCAAUUUUCAGUCAUCUUCUCCCUCAUCUUCUCCCUCAUUUCAUCACCCCAUCGAUCACCUCAACAAUCCGUCUUCCCCUAAAGUUGCAACCACAAUCCUCCCCGUCACCACAACACCAUGACAACCACCCCGCCAAGCCCUCUACCCAUGCCCCAAAACCCCUACACGAGGCCACACAUCACAACACUACUCACACGUGGCGUCCUGUGCCCCUGAACCCCUGCCACAUGCCCCACCCCCAAGGUCACUCACUCACCCCAUUACAGUACCCCCAGGCCCCACCAACACUCACCUACCUACCAAACACACUCUUAAGUCCACCAAUACUCACUGAUCCCCCCAACAUUUCCUCCAAACACUCCUAUAACAGUUACUCCUUAGGCAAUACUCCACUACCACCCACCACUCCUCCCCCGCCCAGACAGCCUCCCCCAGUUUACUCCCUGCCCUUCUCAAUGUCUGCAAUGAAGGCGUUGCUCAGACACCGUUUCUUCUGCAAAGGAAAGACCUUUUUGUUGCCCAAUUUCAUGUAAUGUUAUAUUAUUGAAUAAGGUAUUUUAUACUGUGUCGCCCCGGCACUCGGUCGGGUCUGGUUGUUUUUUGUGUGCUCCUCCAUAAUGGACGGUACCAGCGUGUUGUAUAGUUUAUCUGUCAACUUGAAAUAAUUUUAAUGCUAAAGGAUGCCAUAUGUAGAUUAAUAAUAAAAAAUCUUAACAAGA